UUCGUGUGUCUGCCUCAGUUGUUUAAAAAACGCGAGCGUGAGAAGACUGCUAGCGGAACAGGAAAACCAAAUCGCGCUUAACCAGCCAGCUCCCAGUGUAGUGCUAUAUAUUGACUUAACGCAUAAUUUACACACCUACAUAAUCGAUAAAAACAUUUUAUUACCUUUAUACGAAUAAAAACUAAAAUUAAAAAAUCUAAAUAAACAAUGGCCAACACCUACUACGGUAAAUAUUUGAUUGCUGCGCUGCUUUGCGUGGGCUUUGCUAUGCUGAUCAAUGCACAGGAAAAACCGGUCACCGAYAUUUGUCUGGGGUGCAUUUGCGAGGCCAUCAGCGGUUGCAAUCGUACGACCACUUGUACUGGCGGSGUCUGUGGCCUCUUCCGCAUCACUUGGCCCUACUGGUCUGAUGGUGGUAAGCUGACGUUGAAUGGCGAAUCCCCAGAUUCGGAAACAGCAUACCCGAACUGCGUAAAUGACCCCUACUGCGCUGCGAAUACCAUACAGAAUUAUAUGACUAAGUAUGCACAGGAUUGCAAUGGCGACAACCAAGUGGAUUGCUUUGAUUAUGCGGCCAUACACAAGCUGGGCGGCUACGGCUGCAAGGGCGAAUUGGGCUACAACUAUCAGAACACGUUGUCGAACUGCUUGAAUCUGUUUCAGGGUUAAAUAACUAAACAUUUAAAAAGUAAAGUAAAAUUAAAAGUAAAUAGCAGGUUACUCAUUAUUUCGGCUUGCUUUUAUUUUAAUUACAUUUAUUUARAUUCUUCGAGAAGCUUUACUGUAAUAUCAAGUAUGAAUUUCAUUUUAUUUUAAACUAAUCGUAUGACAUUUAUUAAUAAAUAAUUUUAUUUCUAUAAAA